CCACCUGAAGCAAGCCCAAGAGGCAGAUUUUCUCCAGAGAAAGGGUUCACGUCUAAUAUAAGUAGAGCUGGAGUUCUGGUGGAUCCGUCUUUCGCUGUGUCAACAAUGCAGGAAGACAGUGCGUUAAAAUCUCCGGUCAGAGAACAAGGCAUCCAAACAGAGAUGCCUGAUCUUCCUACAAACUUUGUUCGAGAGGACAGUGCUGGGAUAGAGUUUAAAGUGAAUAACCAAAAGAAAGAGCAGAAAGACAAUAGAACUGUGAAGGAAGAUUACAGGGAAAGAAGUCGGAGUCGUGUGAAAGAUAAAUUUGAGAGGAGAGUCCGAUCUCCAUCACCCGUGUACGAAGAAAUACCACAAAGAAAAAAACACAUGAAAAUAUCUGAAAGGCCACAGUGGGGGAGUACAGCUCCUGGAAAAAAAUCUAGAAAAGCGUCUGACAGAGAUUUGACGAUUGAUAGACGCAAGAAAGAAGAACGGUUGCGCAAACGUCAAGAACAAUUGUUGAUAAUGCAAGAAAUGAACACAAGACACAGGUUAAUGCGAGAAAGAACACCGUCCCCUCCAAUUCCUGCUGUGCAAAGCAGAAUGCGAUCUUACUCACCUGGAAAUAGGUCACCUGCCAAACCGAUAAGAUACGAAUCUCCAACUGGUCGGCGUACACGACAUCGUUCUUAUUCCCCUACUGGACAACACACCAAACAAUCUCAUGUAAGUACGCCGCCUAAUCCAGAUCAUCCGGCCUCGCCCCCUGUCAAGACGGGUGAUUUUGCACCUUUCAUGCGAAGUGAAGCGCAUCAGUUGAUCCCUGACAGUUUACCACCAACUCCCAAUGAGCCAAAGCACCGACAAAGAUACUCUCAGGACAACCAUGAGGAAAGAUACCCGAAGAAGCGAGACAAAAGAACAGAGCAAGAAAAGGACCCACUUUUGAAUCCAGAAAGACUGAAAGAUUCAGAACUUCGUCAAGAAAUGAUUUUAAAACAGUUAUCUCACCUCAGACAGGGCUUAAUACUUAAACAACGUGAAAUGGAAGUGGGAAUGACACCGCUGAUCCACUAGGUGCCUGGAUGGCUCAAAUUUAUGCAUACUCGCUGUAACAAAUGUUAUGUAACCAAUCUUCUGAAGUAGCUUUUAAUGAGGUCCAUCCUGAAAUGGAUUACCAUUCAUGCAUGGUACGGUCUAUACUCCCUGUACUUAUUUCAGUUUGCAGAGAUUGAAUUACUUGAUGGAAAAUUAAACAAGGGUAAUCACUGUUUUAUGGUAUAGCAAGAAUUUCAAUGUAAAAACAGGAGGAUACGUUAGGAUUCAAAAAGCCUGAAAGUAUUUUUGAGCUUUACCACACUUAAUAAUGUGCUUAUUCACAUUCAAUGAUUUUAUAAAGUAAGGAUAUCUCAACGCUCUAUUUUUUUCUGAAAAAUCGGCAUUGAAAUAUGAAUAAAAUAUUUUAAAGUUCAAAGUCAAAUUAUUUGAGUUUUGCGACAGGCGUUAGAUAUGCACCUUUACUGUAAUACGCAAGAUCUCGCAGUAAGCAGAAGAUCACUAAUUGGUGAGCUUUGUUGAAGACCUGAGUACCUGUAAUGUAAAUAUGUCUUCCUUUGCUUGACACAAAUACAAGCAAACUAUGUAAAUACAGGACAUUCAUGUUGUCAUGGUUUUGAGUGAUCCCAUUUUCUUGAAGCUUCACAAUUUGUUAUCACAUCCUGCGUGUGAAUUGUAUAUCGAUUAGAUAUGUACCUCCUAGAGGGAGAUAGAGCAGAAGUUCCCAUUACAAAUGUGAGAUUCUGGUUAAACAAAAUUAUAGACAAUUUUUCAAUCAUCAAUCACUUGUGUAAAGAAUAAGACGUGAUUGUAUUGAGAUAAAGACACAGGUAAUGUUUUUAUGUCAUCUUGAAACAAAAUCCCAUUGGGAGAAAAUUUAUUGGUCCCUCCCUUAAAUUAGCAUAUCAUUUGCAAAUAGCAUACUAAUUACCUGAUUACUCACCUGCUUAUUGUAAACAGACAUUGAUAUUCUAUGUGAGCACGGGACAGUCAGAUCUUGCUGCAAUUAAACCUGGUCGGUGACCUCGGUAAAUCUUAUUGCGUAAAUUCAUAGUGAGGUCAUUGACAAAACUCCUUGUUUAUAUCCAUUAUAAAGAUUGUAUUUAUUAUAUAUCCGUUACAUACACUUUUUUUUUUUAACCCAAGGUUGUUAUUUUAAUGUCUGCAUUAGUCAGGCUGUAUCAUCGCUUAAAACGUCCAUAAAUCGUUAUUUCUUGAUAAAUGUGCACAUAUUGAAUUGCUGAUUUGUACCCAACAACUACUAUAAUUUCAUGCCAUUCAUUAUAUUUUUGUUUCAUUCCUGAUCAAUAUAAUUUAUAUUCUGAUCAAUAUUUUAUUUUAAUUGAUAAUUGCCAUAAUUUUACAAGUGACUCGUACUUAGUAAUGUUGUCAUAGAAACCACUGUAUUCUUUUUAUGUACAUUUUUAUUUGGCUGCGUUGGCUUUUUAUUGGAAACACCCACUCUUUUUUUUUGUGUGAACAAAUGGUGUAUCAUUUUAUAUAUAAGCAAUGACUGAGUUUAAUGUACCGG